AUGCAGGCAGCAAAGGCUGCGCAUCCUACGGAGUUCGAAUUUGUCAUUGGCAGUCGGCCGCAGGAGCUGAAAGUCGACACCAGUCGCAGACUUCGAUCGUUCCUGUCCAAGCGGGCCUGGAGGGAACACCGCGCGCAGUACGAGCAGCGGUCACAGAGCUCGUCCGAGUCUUCGCCAUCAAACUCGUCCUCUUCUGGGUCCAAAAGCGAGGCCCAGAGUUCGAGUAGCAGCAUCCGAGAUGGCAAUGCCAACCCUGACAGGAAACCAGUCGCCACAAAGGCGAGUCGCCGCAGGAGAAACAAGCUUCAAACCGUCACGUUUGAAUAUAUUGGAGCCGGCCCAAUUGCACCACCAUCCGCCUUAACACCGGGGACCGUCCAAGAUGCGGCGGGAUUGGAGGAGCUCUAUGGCUUGCCUGGAGACAGGCUGCUUCAGUUAUUUGCACAGAGCCUCGCCAGGUUCCCUCCCAUGGAUACGCAUUUUGGGGGUGGUCGUGUAGAUCCAUUCAGAUCAUAUCCGGGGCCAUGGGAGCCUUAUAUCCCAGCAUUGGCAGACCACUAUAUUGUCCAAAUGGCCAGAGAUAUCCCUGAACUGGACCAGCCGGGCAACAAGGGCCUUCUCAGGUCCAGGUGGUUCCCUCUUGUUCUCUCGGACAACGCCCCAUUCCAAGUGGUCAUGCUCCUUGCCGCAGCCAACUACGCCUCCGUCAACAACAUCAGCACCCUGGGGUGUCACCUCCUCCGGAUGAAGCACGACGCCAUCACGGCCAUCAACAACACCUUCAAGGACGACAAGACGCUAGCAAGCGACUGUCUCAUCGGAGCCGUCGCCAAGAUGGCCAGCUUCGAGGCCAUGCACGGCGACGUGCUCUCCUACCAAACGCACAUGGAGGGCCUAGUGCGCAUGCUAGAACUGAGAGGCGGGCUGGACUCGUUGGGGCUGGGCGGCCUGCUUCGCCGAAUGGUGGUGUGGAUUGACCUCAACUCUUCAUUCCUGCUCAACAUCCCGCGGUACUUUCCCGGGACGACCUUUACGGGCGUUGAGAGGGAAGUCACGGAGGUUGUGGAGCCCAACCCAGAACGGUUCAUCGCCGUGUAG